AUGGCAAGUAACGACAGCUUAAGCAAUAGUAGUAGCAAUAGCAAUAUUAAGACAGAUGUGUCAACAACAAAGACGGCGGCUUUGAAAAGGCCUAGUACUGUGACAGAAAAGGUCAUCACACCUGUGGCUACCAAGAGCAGAAGAGCAUUGACCGAGGUUUCAGUGAACAAUCAAAUUUCUACGUUUCCUGACUUAGAUAGAGUACGAAGAGAUAACAGCGACCUGACAUUUGUGCCAUUGAGGAAAAGACAGAUUUAUAGAGAUCAAGAAAACAUCGAGGAAGAAGAGCAGAGGCCAAAGAGACUUAAAUCUGAUGAUAGUGAAGAAUGUGCUUGGAGGGAUUUGGAUACAGAUGAGAAGAGUGAUAUUUGCAUGGUUGUCGAGUACACAAAUGAGAUUUUCUCUCAUCUUUACAAGAGAGAAAAGGAUACUACACCAACGCAUAAUUAUCUUGUGGAUACUCAAUCAGCAUAUUAUUUAAGGCCGUCGAUGAGAGCGAUUCUGAUCGAUUGGCUUGUCGAGGUUCAUGAAAAAUUUCAAUGUUACCCAGAGACUUUAUUCCUAACGAUUAACUUGAUGGAUAGAUUUCUGUCUAAGAAUAAAGUGACACUGAGUAAAUUGCAACUAUUGGCUGUCACUUCCUUAUUCAUAGCGGCUAAAUUUGAAGAAGUUAACUUACCAAAGUUGUCUGAUUAUGCAUAUAUCACAGAUGGUGCCGCUUCAAAGAACGACAUUAAGAACGCCGAGAUGUUUAUGUUGACAUCGCUUGAGUUUAACAUCGGCUGGCCAAACCCUAUGAACUUUCUAAGAAGGAUUUCAAAGGCUGAUCGUUACGACUUCCAAACUAGAUCCAUCGCCAAAUUUCUUCUUGAGUUCAUCAUGUGUUGUCAUAAGUUCGUCGAUAUAAAACCAUCAGUAACAAGUGCGAUGGCUAUGUUUGUCGCAAAGAAAAUAACAGAGAAAGAUCAAACAAAACCUAUAUGGGAUGAAACUUUCAAGCAUUACAGUGGUGGUAUUGAUCCUUUAAACGAUUCAGAGUUUCAGUCUAAUUGUAAGAAGUUGAUCAAAGAGAUCGCUAACCCAACAACAAAAUUAGAUUCACUAGUAUUGAAGUUUAAGAAACCAAGGUACGGGGCCAUCUAUUUCAAAGUGUCUCAAUGGUGCAACAACCAAGUGGAAAACAAUAAGCAUUUAGAUUCUCUAUUCUCGCUGUAG